AGUUCAAACAGUAAGCACAGAAGUUUACCUGACAGCGACAAUACAGGAGAACUGUAGCAGACGAUCGGAAGUUGCUGCUAAAUUUCCAAAAAUGGUUAGAUAAUCUACUUGAUCCAUAUACUGGAGUUUAAGGAAUACUGCCAUGAGAUUUAUCAUGAAAAGUGAAUCUUAAUCAAUCUGUUCUUGAAUCAAAUCUUAAUAUUUCUGUUAAAAAAAUAAGAUAUUCUGAACGAUCUUCAAUAUGUGACAAGCAUUUGAAUAUACGUUUUUUCUUCAUAUGUCCUUUUUAGGCCUGUCAAAUUGCCUUCAGGUUUGGCUGCUCAUCCGCAAACACUGUGAACACCAGGUAAGGUACAGUUUGUUGUUCUACGCUGAAACAACAAAUGCAAACUCAAAUUUGCCUUCUAGUAGGGGAAAGGAGCUUUAUUUCAAUGUGUUGUAUUUUAGUUGUAAAAGUUUUUUUUUGCUCUAGCAAAUCUUAUUUAAUACAAGAUAAUUUAUGUUUGAAGUAUAUUGUCUUUGAUAUUGUCUUUAUUUACCUUGGUUUAAUACAUUGGUUAAAUCUCAAUAUAUUUUAACACUUAAAAAUCACCAAAGUUCGAACGUGUGUGAUGAUACUCUUUUUCUCUCUCUCCCUCCCCUUAUCUAGGUGUGGCAGUGUUGUUCUUGACUUUAUGAUGAGGUUCAAUCAAACUGUAGUCGUCAGCAAUGUUCUGAUUUUCCUGUCGGAUGCUGCAAGGCAAGACAAAUUCAGAGGUUUUAAAGUCAAUCCAGACUCAAUUAAACAAGUUUUAUUACCCACAGAUGGCUCGGAAAGCACAGCAAAAGGUAAAUUUUACAAAGACAUUGUUCAAUGUUUACACGUAUUCUUCCGAAGAUGGACUUUUUAUAAUUGUAUUCCGUAUCUAUUUAAUUAAACAACUUAUUCUGUGACUGAUACACUUCCAAGUUUUUGUUUUUUUCGUUGUUGUUUUAUUUAAUUAAACAAAGUCUUACUCUUAAAAAUUAUUUAGAGAGAGUAGCACCUUACUCUUCCUUCGUACCAAGCCAAUUAGAGUUAACGUUUUCCGGUCACGAACCUAUGCUAUGUAGUGAGAGCAGUGUAUCGACCAGGAUCAGUGUAAAUGUUGUUUGAAUGUUAUUUCAUCAAGCUUUGCGAAAUGAAUCAUUUUAGGUCCUGAGAAAUGUAACUGCCCAUCCAACAACGUCUUGUUGGCCGUAAUUGGGGUUCUUGCCUUCACAGUCCUGCUUCUAAUUAUUUACAUAAUCUGGCUACAUAAGAAAGGUAGGUAAAAGAAUCAUAAUCUAUGUUUGGUUGCAAGAUUCUUUUUCACGCAAAAGCAAAUUUUUACUCACGUUUACAUCAUUUGUAUUUUUCCUUUUGUUCUUUUUCAGGCACUGUAGGGAAACAGAGGUAAGAAUUUUCUGCUAGUUGGAUUGUGUCGAUGUAAUGUGCCCGAUAUGGUUUCAUCUUAACACAAAACUCCAAUAAAAACUGAUGAAAUUCUUAGCGUUUUAUAAUUAUUUCUAUGCUUUCUCAAUUGUAGGACUUAUGAAGAUGAGAGACGUGUUUACGACGUAAGUAAAUGAGAGGGAAAAAUUUGUAGUUCUACAUAAAAAAAAGCAUAUUGCAUCAGUGGCAGAUACAAUGAAAUAAAAGAGGAAGUUAGGCUCAAUAAGGUCUUUGUCCUGUGAUCAUGUCCUUUACCAAGCCACUCCAUGGAUUUUCCUUCGAUUGUCCCUGGUUCAACCGCUUGGUUUCACUUCACAGAUCGCUAGUUGGUCUGCACCCGGUUGAUAUUUGCUUUCUAAAUAAUAGAUUUCGUGCAUUUAGGGCGUCGUAUUUUCUUGAUGCCUUAUUUUCUAAACGUGAGUUUAGGAGCUUGGUACUGCAAGAGUUUUUUCGUGCGUUUAUUUGUCAAAAUAUUGGACUACCAAUCGACAAUCUUCACGUUGCAGUUUGUAGCUUCGACGAAUAUGCUAUGAGCCUCGAUCACUCUAUUGGACAUGAUAAUUUCAAAAGCAGAGAACAAAAUGUUAGUAAUAAUAAUGACAAGAGAUUAUAAACUAUUUAUAAUCUCUUAUCAUGGAAGAAUAUAAACAUUUGUCUGAUAAAAAUGGGUGAACUGAUUUUUAUAACCAUGAGGUACUUUUUACUGGGAUUAAUAACCUUAACAGUGUGUUGGUUUAAUAGAAUGAAACAUUAUUAGAAGAUAUCGAACCAAGUCUACCUGAUUUAAGAAAACUCACCCAGCCUCAUGCGGAAUACAUGGAUCUCAUAGAAGUCAACAAAGAUGAUAGAAAAGCACAAAGUACCCCUCCAGGUGCUGAUUACGUGCCUCUUCAUCCAUUAACACGCUGCUGGGAAGUUCCUAGACAUAACGUGACCAUAGAAAAAAUCAUUGGUAAAGGUGCUUUUGGUCAGGUUGCCAAGGGAACAGCAGUAGGACUUCGAGGGAGUCCUGAAACGACCACAGUGGCUAUUAAGAUGCUUAAAAGUGAGCUCUUGUACUGUAAAUUGAAUGAGUCUUGGCCUACAGACAUUCAGGAAAUGUUACCGGGUUACUGUAAUUAUUUAGCUAUUUGCCAUUUCAUAAGUUAUGUUGUUAUUCCGACAUUUCGCAUAUUAUUCCCGUUAACCAAAUUUUACUCCUUGUUUUUAAUGCUCCAGCAAACGCUUCUGAAUCGGACAAGAGAGAUCUGAUGAAAGAACUUGACACAAUGAAACAGCUAAAACCACAUCCUUACGUCAUUAAACUUCUGGGAUGUGUUACUGAAUCUGGUAUGCUUUGGUUAUGCGGGUCUAAUUUUGCUGUACACAUUUUUCUUAUGAUUUACUCUGUAACGCUUUCUCGUCAUUGAUAAUUUGCCUCAGUGGAAGGGUGACCGCUUCGUAAUUGAGCAAAACAAACAACCAUCGCAUAAGGUAAUUUUAUCUUAUUUUAGCCAACACAGACGUUCCUGGAUUUACUGAUAGACUAAGACCGAAUAUUUGCCACUGAGCAGAUCAUUCUGUUAUAGAAGCAGAAACGCUUUUUGUAAGGGAAUAAUUGGUCUGUACUUUCUUAUGAGACCGUCGCAUAGUUUUUCUUGUUUUCAUGCGAUUUCUUCAAAAGUGUUCACUAUGACUGGGCCAUUCAUCUAUUUCAAUUACUGCUUUUUUUUAAAAGAAAGUAACAUAUCAAUUAAAUUAUUUAAUUUCUUCAGAACAGCUGUUGGUUUUGAUUGAAUAUGUGCCUUUUGGGGAUCUUCUGGGUUACCUGAGAAAGAGCCGUGGAUUAAAAGACACUUACUACAAAGACCCGGAUAUCAAACCACAAACAAAUCUGACGUCACAGCAGCUGAUGAAGUUUGCUUGGCAAAUUGCUGAUGGAAUGAGUUACUUGUCCGCAAAAUCUGUAAGUUAGUUAAAAACACAAAAGACAAACAAUUCUAAAACCUUCUCGUAAGGUCUAUCGUCAUGUUAAGCUCUGGCAUGGAAUAUUAUGUCUUCACAUGAUCACGCCUGGGAGAUGCAGACGUAUUCUUACCGUCUUGUCGAGGCUAUUUCUUUAGGGCCAGGAACCCUCCCGAUUUUGACGUCAUCAUAUAAGUUUUAUUUCAAUGCGAGAAUGGCGAUAUUUGUGCAUCAUUGCAAGUGUACCCCAUCGAAAUAAAAUAUCUGGGUUUUUCUCGUGUGAGCAAAGGCAGAGACGUGAAGGAAUAGGAUCUUUUAAGAUAUUCAGCUUAAACUGAGUGUACAACAAAUAUCCAUUUUAUUGACAAGGAAGAAAAGGAAUUAAAACUUCAACUUAAAAAAAUCGUCUUUGGUCGCUAAACUGCUUCAUUACAGAAUCCUAUUUCGAUUAAAAUGUUAAGGUAAGCGUUCUUUGAAAUGACUACGUAUUGCAAAAAAAAAGUAGUUUGCUUCUCUUUGGAAUAUGGAGCAGUUAUUGUAGUAGUUUUAACUUUCUGCCAUCUGGAAGAAAAAGAAAUACGCACACCAUAUUAUGUUGUAGAUAUUUCUAUUUUCCUCUGAACCAUUUCAUUUCAGUUCUUUUUCAUCUACAAUCACUAAUUUUUGCUGUUACAUCAAUUCUUUCUUAGAUCAUUCACCGAGACCUUGCGGCCCGUAAUGUGUUGGUUGGACAAAAGGAAAUGUGUAAAGUGACAGACUUCGGAAUGGCCAGAGAUGUGCAGCAGGAAAAUAUUUAUGAACGAAAGACAAAGGUAAUCAAGAAAAAGGGGAGGUGAGGGCGGUAUCACAUUUCGUUCAGUUUAGUGAUCUUUGACAUCAUUGUUGUGGUUGAGCUGAUAUAUUCCUGAUUUCGAUCAUGAAUUCCUUGGGACCCUAAUGAAACUAUCAGCCAUGCGUAUACGAGUACAAUUUUAAAUAUCACUAUUUCUGACUACUCACUUACUAUAAUUCUCGAGCUGUUUCACAAAGUGAUAUUUAAAAUCUUUAGGGCCGUCUUCCCGUGAAGUGGACAGCUUAUGAGGCCUUAUUGUAUGGUAAAUAUACCACCAAAAGUGACGUGUAAGUAUACCUGAUUAUUACCCGUAGCAGUUUAUCAAAAAUUGUAUCAAUUUUAAUUAGGACUUGAAUUCUAUGCUUUGUCAAAGAAUACAUAUAUUUUAUUCGUCGUAUAUACUGUUUAUGUCUAUAGUCACUUAAUUUAUAUUUGUUUGAUUUGUCUUUCUGCAGAUGGAGUUAUGGAGUUCUAUUAUACGAGAUUUUCACCAUAGGUAACAUCGAAUGGAAUUUUAUGAGGCUCUGUAGAUGUUUUUUGCUUUAUACCAUGUUUAAUUAAACAAUGUAUCGUGUUCAGUCAGACAAACGUAAUGAGCUUCAAACUACAUCUAGUGACAAAGGUGAUGUUUCAUUGAAGGUCGUUUUUUUGUCACAUUUAUAUUUCGAUGGUCUUGUGGUUCUUCCAGGCGGUUCACCUUACCCACGAAUGGAUGGAGGAAAAAUUGCAAACUUACUCCAGGAUGGAUACAGGAUGCCUAAACCACAACACGUCGAUGAAAAAUUGUAAGUUUACUUCAUUUACUUGUUCUCCCUCGUCGUACAAGGAAACAUUCUUUAAUUCUUUAACAGAUUAUUUGAAUAAUACCAGGUAUCAGAUCAUGAUGAAAUGCUGGAAGAAUGACCCAGACUCAAGACCAACUUUCACUGAAUUGAAAAAUCAGCUUAAGGACAUGGAAACCCUACACAAGGUCAGAAUUUUUAUCAAUAUGAAAGUUUUUUUUUUUUCACGUAAGACCGACUGGCUAAGGCUCAGCUAAUUAGGGUUAAAAGUAACAGCAUUGAGCUUAAAUAGCGUCUCAAUGACAAUUGAAUGUCUCAAUGACAAUAAACACCUUAUGGUUAUUUAAAAGAUCAUAGGAUGAUUGCAAAACUGCAUUGAGACGCACAAAGAGUAGCAGACGACGACGCCAUAAAAUACUUCCUCCUUGAAUUUGUUUUUGGUGUGAAAACCUGGCCACUUGUGAGGAUAACCACUUAAAACUUUUUUAAUGUUGCUAAUUAUUAUAUUAUUUUUCUCUGCAGAAGCUAAUUGACAUGAAAAUGUACGACAAGCAAUUGUAUGCAAACGUCGAGGAUUGAACGGUGUAGUUAGAUACACGUCCACAGUGUAUGACUGGCUGACAGUUUGAACACUUCGCCCUGACAAGUUUCAGGGAUUAAUCAUCGUUUCCUUUCACGCUUACUUGGUAGAAAUAGCCAUGUUGCGUUUACCAGUUAGGCUGUUACACUGUAAUUCAAUUGACUUCAUAUUCUUGAACGCUGAAACGCUUUUAUAAGGUUACUGAUAAAGUUUAAUCUCAUUUUCUCUUUAACAUGUUAAGUAUUUACAUAUAUGCCUCGACACAAGCGUUUGAGUUCAGUUUAUUUUCUGGCUCAAUUCUGAGGUGGUGAUGAGAUCUCGCUCUGAAAGCCAUAGUUGUGUACAAUUUUAAUAAAUUGCUUAAAAUUUUUGCCGCAAAACCUUUUUUUUUAGGAAAGCUAAUCGUGCGCAUAAAUUGAUUUCCCAAAGACUGCCUUUACUUGCGAUACCAACUCGAAAUGCUUUUAUACGGAAUUCUAAUCAAAAUUAUACUUGGCACAUUACUUCUGCAAGAAAGUUUGUUGUUUGGCCUAAUAGGCCGAUAGUUUUCGCGUACUAGAUACUAUUACUCAACGAAAC